AUGGGCCAUCUCUCAGAUCCUGCUGCUCACGGUAUCGUGUGGCCAACGUACAUCGUCUUGUUGGUCAGUGCCUUGGCCAUCGCAUACUGGAAACGUAUGGACAAGAAAGAAUCGUUCCUCUCCGCUAAUGGUACCCAGAAAGCUUUGCCCUUGGCUUUCAACUUCGUCGCUUCAGGUCUAGGAUGCGGUGUUCUUAGUGCAUACCCUCAAAUAGCAAACAUCGAUGGGCUACAGGGCCUCUUGGUGUACGCUUUGUCCGGUGGUCUUCCGAUGUUCAUCUUUGCUUUCUUCGGUCCAUUGAUCAAGAAAAAGUGUCCCAACGGUUUCGUGCUCACAGAAUGGGUCAUCAAGCGUUACGGUAUGAUUGCUGGGUGGUACUUGAGUGUUUGCACGAUUAUCACUGUGUUUUUGUUCAUGGUCAGUGAGGUUUCGUCGCUCAAGUAUGCCAUUGAAAAUUUGUCCAGCAUCAAGGCCUUGCCCGUGAUCAUCAUCGAGUGUGUCGUCACAACCAUCUACACCACCGUCGGUGGGUUCCACAUCUCGUUCCUCACAGAUACCAUCCAGGUCACGAUCGUGUUCGUGCUCUUGGUCAUCGUGGCGUGUGCCAUGGGGUCCUACGUCCACAUCGACACCUCGGAAAUCGCCAAGUCCGGGUUGUUGAAGGAUAGUCUUCUAGGCUGGCAAUUGGUUUACAUUUUGCCCGUGGCCGUGUUCACCAACGAUUUCUUCAUGUCUGGGUUCUGGUUGCGUACCUUUGCGGCUCGUUCAGACAAGGACUUGUUGAUCGGGUGCAGCAUCGCCGCAUUCAUCCUAGUCGCUUUCGUCACCGUCAUCGGUGUCACCGGUAUGGUCGCCGUGUGGGCCGGAUACAUGGGCGUGGCCGACGAGGAUAACUCUGGUGCUGCCUUCUUCAUCGUGCUCAGCCAGUUGCCAAGCUGGGUCAUGGGUUUCGUGUUGGCGUUCGUCGUUAUCCUUUCCACAUGUACCAUGGACUCGCUACAGAGUGCUCUAGUCUCCACCAUCUCGAACGAUAUCUUCAGAAACAGACUCCCAAUCAUGUACGUGCGUGGCUUGGUCGUGCUCAUCAUGAUCCCCGUCGUCGUGGUCGGUUUGGCCGCAGAUGACGUCUUGACCAUCUACUUGAUCGUCGAUUUGCUCUCUUCGACCGUGGUCCCAGUGCUAAUGCUCGGACUUUCGUCCCACUUCGACUUCCUCAGCGCCUGGGAAAUCAUCGGCGGUGGUUUAGGAGGGUUGAUCGCAGUGUUCAUCUUCGGGUGCGUCUACUACGGCGACGCUAAGGAAGGUGGUAGACUAUUGCUCAUCUGGAACGGUUUGUACGUCAACGACUGGUCCGCUUUCGGUGCAUUUGUCGCCGCACCUUUCGGUGGUUUGAUCUCAGCGGGCAUCAUCCUCGCCAUCAGAACGUGCUUCAUGUACUUCUACUGCAAGAAAUACAACAAACCAUUCGACAUGUACUCCAAGAAGUUCGUCUACCAGGACCAAGCAGAGGUCUCAUCGGAUGCUGCCGUAGCAGACAAAAAGUCCGUCUCUACUGCAGAACAAGAGUUGGACGCCGAUUCCCAGCAGGAAACCGCUCCUACCUCGGGCUACAAGUACUACUACUACAGAACAAAAGCCUUCCUCGACGACCUCGCCAGGGGGUAG